AUGAGCAACAUCGCAAUUGACAAGUUUCACGUAUACAUUGGCUGUCUUCACCACUCAAUCGGGGAUGAAGAGCUCUUGACCCUCGCGAAAUGCUUCUCUAACCACGUCGUAUGCUCCAAGGUUAUUAGGAAUCCAGCAACUGGUUCGCAUCUUGGAUAUGGAUUCGUUCAAUACGACGAUUUAGUAUAUGCUGAUGAAGCGAUAACUAAGAUGCACGGGGUAGUAGCCAAGGGGAUACCACUCCAUAUUCGACCAGCAUACUCAUACACAUCAACAGAAUUCAACUCAGAAAAGGAAGAGGCGCAAGAUAUCAAGAACACGACAGUAUACGUAACAGAGAUGGGACCAAAUGAUACAGAGGAAACACUAAGAGAGUUGGCAAAGUAUUUUGGAGACAUUGAAUGUAUCUCUGUAAUAACAAAUAGAAGAUUUGGUUUCGUUACGUAUACCAGAAGAGAGUAUGCCCUGGGAUUCAUAUGUCAUAUGGAUUCAUGGAACACUGGUGAAACGACAAUCACAUGCUCAUGGGCAUAUCAGCACAAGAGUAUAGGAAUUUCAAACGACUAUACACACGAAGAUGCCGAAAAGGAAGAUGAAAUUCAUGGAUCAAAAUAUGCAAUAGACCUGCUGCCAAAAAAAUUAGACUAG